CAGCGGACAGCGCUGAGUGAAGUCUGAGCCGGAGCACAGCAGGUGUAGCCGCUCACUCAGAAACCAAACAGCAUGUGCGACGAAGACGAGACCACCGCUCUUGUGUGCGACAAUGGCUCUGGCCUGGUGAAAGCCGGCUUCGCCGGCGACGACGCCCCUAGGGCCGUGUUCCCAUCCAUCGUGGGCCGCCCCCGUCACCAGGGCGUCAUGGUGGGUAUGGGUCAGAAAGAUUCCUACGUGGGAGACGAGGCUCAGAGCAAGAGAGGUAUCCUGACCCUGAAAUACCCCAUCGAGCACGGCAUCAUCACCAACUGGGACGACAUGGAGAAGAUCUGGCACCACACCUUUUACAACGAGCUCCGCGUGGCCCCCGAGGAGCACCCCACCCUGCUCACCGAGGCACCCCUUAACCCUAAGGCCAACCGCGAGAAGAUGACCCAGAUCAUGUUUGAGACCUUCAACGUGCCGGCUAUGUACGUGGCCAUCCAGGCCGUGCUGUCCCUGUACGCCUCCGGCCGGACAACUGGUAUCGUGUUGGACUCCGGGGAUGGCGUCACCCACAACGUGCCCAUCUAUGAGGGCUACGCGCUGCCUCACGCCAUCAUGCGCCUGGACCUGGCUGGUCGCGACCUCACUGACUACCUGAUGAAGAUCCUCACCGAGCGUGGCUACUCCUUCGUGACCACAGCUGAGCGCGAGAUCGUGCGCGACAUCAAGGAGAAGCUGUGCUAUGUGGCCUUGGACUUCGAGAAUGAGAUGGCCACGGCCGCCUCCUCCUCCUCCCUGGAGAAGAGCUAUGAGCUGCCUGAUGGGCAGGUCAUCACCAUUGGCAACGAGCGUUUCCGCUGCCCGGAGACCCUCUUCCAGCCCUCCUUCAUCGGCAUGGAGUCGGCAGGCAUCCAUGAGACCACCUACAACAGCAUCAUGAAGUGUGACAUCGACAUCAGGAAGGAUCUGUACGCUAACAACGUCAUGUCUGGGGGCACCACCAUGUACCCUGGGAUCGCUGACCGGAUGCAGAAGGAAAUCACCGCGCUGGCCCCCAGCACCAUGAAGAUUAAGAUCAUCGCCCCCCCUGAGCGCAAGUACUCCGUGUGGAUCGGCGGCUCCAUCCUGGCCUCGCUGUCCACCUUCCAGCAGAUGUGGAUCACCAAGCAGGAGUACGACGAGGCCGGGCCCUCCAUCGUGCACCGCAAAUGCUUCUAAACGCGCUACACCUGCCGCGCGAAUUCUCCUCAGGACGACAGACCACUCACGCACCGGUGGCUGACCUAGGGCGCCGCGCAGUAACUUUCUCUGUAACAACUUCCAUUGCUGCCACGGCAAACUGACACACUGUUCGUGUCGGGUACACACAUUCACUCACCUUACCUCAUUUUGUUAUUUUUGGAACAAAGCCCUGUGGAAGGAAAUGGAAAACUUGAAGAAGCAUUAAACUCAGGCAUUCUGUCAUGCU